AUCCAGUCUAAUCCAAUCUUCACCGCGUUGGUGGCGUUGGCGCGUUGGCGUUGUUUUGAUCUUUGGUUGCUUUUUGGGUUCUGCUGCACUUUUUGUAGGUUCGGCGGGUUCGGUCAGUUCAGUGGUUCGGUCGGUCGUUGUCAGCAGUUCAGCCUUCCGGCACUUUAUUUCGCUUAUGCGUUUGUUUUGAAGGAUUGAGCUAAGUUGGAGGAGGUCUUCUAUCUUUUUUCUUCUUUUUUUCCGGUACACGAAACUGUAAGUGAAUGAACUACAUGUAAUGUGCACAGAUCACUAACAUUCCGAUGAUUUUUGGAGUGACUGUUCGCGGCUAGAAUUGCACGUGCGCGCCAUUUCUUGAGGUCUUGAGUGACGUUUUCACAUUGUCGACGGCGUGCACAGCAGCGGAGAUCAAGCGAGGAAUCCCGGAAACGUGAGACACCAAAUUAGUUUGUCACACAUCCGACAUGACGUGAAGACCUGUCUCUUCACAAGUUACCGUGUCUCACAACGAGUCUCAACGUUCCGGCGCCUAGCAGUCUUACCAAAGAAGUGACACUUUCGAGUGAUGGCCAUGGAGCACUUAGAUGAGGUGUCCACCGACCAGACCGAUCAAAAUGUAGAAGCCAAAAUCACCGACUUCCGCACUGAACUCUCGGACACCUUUCGGCAAAGCCUCCGACUGCUUGGCCCCACUGAAGCACUCGAGGCGGCGCUGGACGCCCCGCUGACCCGUCUUCGGCGGGAACUUUCGGAUGCUCGCCGUGCCGCUCAAGCAGCGCAGCUCCACGCUUGCAAGGUGGAGGGUGCACUGCAGAGACUCCGGGAAGCGCACCACAAGGCUCUGAGGAAGUUCGUGCUCCACUCCGAGGGGGCAGAGGUCGCGCUGAGCACACUGGAGCGCUCCGAAGAAGGGCUGCGGCGGCGGCAGGGGACCCUGCAUCGGCUGCUGGAAGUGGUGAACGAGCGACAGCACGAGCUCGACGAGAGCCAGGAGCUUCUACGUCAGGCGCAGGAGCAGGGACGGAUCAUCGAGGAGCUGGGCCGAAAGCAGGACAAGCUGGAGGGCAUGGUGACGAAGGAACUGCGGAGGGCCGAGGCGGAGCGGCUGAAGGCUCAGCGGAAGGUUCGGCUUCAAGACCGGGAGCUGCGUCGUCUGCAGAUGCGGUGUCGGGAGCUCGGCGGGGACGUUGAGAGCCCGGACAACUGUGGUGGCGUCCGGCAGAGGACGCGCUACCAGACCCGGCAGCUCACAAGGCCAAUUCAGUCAAAGGGCGAGUUGGGCGGUAAUAGCGCUCCCGUACACGGCGCCAACGGAAGGGAUGCGAAGAAUCGGGAUUCGCCAUACCAAUGCAGCGCAGCCUGCAAGAGGACCCGUCACAAGUGACAUUUCGCCAGUUUCUCGUUGGAUCGAAGCACCUGGCGACAACGAGCGGGAAUCGCUGGUUUUUGGGCACUUUGAUGCUUUGAGAUGUUCCGGACCUUUUGUAUUCCGUUUGUUUAGCCCCUUUAAAUAUAAAUAUUUUAAUGAAGUUCUUUUCAUUUAUUUUUCUUCACCAUAAUUUUGCAGCUCAUCUUGCUGCUAAGUGCAUGCAACUGGCUGUCUUCUGAGACAUUGCAUUGCAUUGCAAACUGCAAGGCUACAUUUUGUAUUUCCUUUUAGCAUGUAUAGGGUGGUCCAAGUCACCAGGCUCGAUCUAAAAUGGACCGCAGAAAUCGACGCCUGCACGUAGCAAUCUUAAAAUUUUUCGUCAAAUGUGUAUUUCACAGGUCAGUUUUUGCAUGUAAAAUUACAAAGCGUAGAUCUGUAUCUGUAAGAAACAGGCGACGCAGACAACCAAGUCCAGUAGUGGGGUGUGUUUGGCAUUCGUAUUGAUAGAUGGCGUCUGGAGCAGCGUUCGAAGGUGCAGCUGACCAGCGAAAGCAGAUGACACGCAGACGAAAUCUGUUCGCAUCAAAAGUGCCAUCGUUUCGCAGACGCGUUUCUUUUACUCGAGUUUUGCUCUUAUUGUCCGCAUUUAUUUUUUAACCAAAGGUACAUUUCAAAAAUAUGUCCAUUAUAUGAAACCACGGUGGUCUCGAGCCGUCGCGAUCAGAGCCUUUGGCUCUGGUCGUGAUAAGGAGGUAGCGCCAUCUAUCAAUACGAAUGCCAAACACACCGCGCUACUGGACUUGGUCGCCGCCCGCUGUAGACCCUGGCAAGUUUCUUGGCCCUAUUUUUUUCUGACAGAAAGAGAGCUACACUCUGAUUUUUUGCAAGAAAAAACCUACCUGUGAAAUACACCUUUGGUGAAAACUUUCGAUUGCUACGUGCAGGCGUCGAUUUUUACAGCCCAUUUUAGAUAGAGCCUGGUGACUUGGGUCACCCUAUAUAUAAAGUGUAUUUUUACUGAAACGUGAUUGUAAAUAAAACUAGCCAAUAUCUAUAUUGAAA